AUGGGAAAAGGCGGACAUAAUACACAUAUUGAAAAAAAUAAAGAUCAACAAUCAGACUUAACAUCAUUAUCAACACCACCUCAUCGAUUACCAACAUUAUCUGACAUAAAACUUAAAUUACCAUCUCAUUGUUUUCGCCCAACAGUACGUCAAUCAAUGAGCUAUGUUGCUAAAGAUAUUAUUUACGUUACGUUAACAUUUAUUAUCAUGUAUCAAAUUCACACUCUAUUUAAAUAUGGUUUUUUAUUUUUUCCUAUUUAUUGGUGUAUACAAGGUACUCUUUAUACAUCACUUUUUGUACUUGGACAUGAUUGUGGACAUGGAAGUUUUAGUUCGUAUCAAUUAUUGAAUGAUAUUAUGGGAACUCUCCUACAUACUUGGAUAUUAGCACCAUACUAUACCUGGAAGCUUACUCAUAAUAAACAUCAUAAAAAUACAUGUAAUAUUGAGAAAGAUGAAAUAUUUUAUCCACAACGUGGCUUAUAUUAUGAACCAUCAUUAUUGGAUGAUAUUCUCUUUUGGUUUCCUGGUAUUGGUUGGUUUUAUUACUUAAUAAAUGGUUAUUCACCAAGAACAGUAAAUCAUUUUAAUCCGUUUGAACCGCUAUUCUAUAAUCGACAUUUCUUCGGUGUUUGUUCUUCACUUGGUGCAUAUUUAGGAAUGUGUUAUUUAAUGUAUCUUUACGCAAGUUCAUUUGGUUUUAUUAAUUUACUUGUUUAUCAUUUAAUACCAGUAUUUAUUUUUGCAUGUUACAUGGUUAUUAUAACGAUGUUACAUCAUACAGAAAUUGAUGUACCCUGGUAUGCUGAUUCUGAAUGGAAUAAUGUUAAAGGACAAUUAUCAACUGUCGAUCGUCAUUAUGGCUGUGCACACUCAGUAAUACAUUCUAUUGGUACACAUCAAAUUCAUCAUCUUUUUACUAAAGUACCGCAUUAUCAUUUAGAAGAAGCAACAAUGCAUUUUCGUAAAGCAUUUCCUGAUUUAGUUCGUUAUAAUGAUGAACCGAUUCUAUCUGCAUUUGCACGUAUGUUCACAAUCUUUCUUCGACAACGAAACAAAACAAAAAUAUUACUGUAUACUGCAAUGGCUCUAUCAGCUUGGGGUGAUCGUAUGUGGAAUUUUGCUGUUGGUAUUUAUUUUAUUUCUCUCAAUCCAACUAAUCUUCAAAGUGUAGCUCUGAAUGGUAUUGCACUCAAUUUAGCUGUUAUUUUCUUUGGUACAGCUAUUGGUGAUUGGAUUGAUCGUAGUCCUCGUUUAUCAGCACUUAAAAAAUCAUUAUAUUUUCAAAAUUUAUCUGUUGCUGUUAUGGCUGUAUUAGUUGUUAUUGCUUUAUAUAAUCAAUCUUCUCUUCCAUCAUAUUGGAUGAUCAUAAUUCAAGGUUUUUUAAUUGGAAUUGGUAUGAUAGCAACAUUAUCUAGUGUAGCAUGUAAAGUAUCAAUAUCAAAAGAUUGGGUUGUUGCAUUAUAUGGCUCUGAUCGACAAAAUUUAGCUAGUAAAGUUUUUUUUCAUUGUCUUAACGAAAUAGACACUAAUGCAACGCUUCGCCGAAUUGAUCUUCUUAGUGGUGUAUUAGCACCGAUUUUAACAGGUGCUGUUAUGGCAUUUACAUCACGAUGGUUUAGUGCUGUAUUAAUUUCUGGUUGGAAUGUUAUUUCACUUUGUCUUGAACUUUUCUUAUAUACAAGAGUUUAUCAUUUAGCUGAAGAUAUAUUAGCUAAUAAAGUAUCGACUAAUAAAUCUCAUGAAAAAUCACCUGAAAAGAAAGAAGGACCAAUAAGAAAGUUCUUAGGAUCUAUAAAAGGUCUAGGAACAUAUGCAUCUUUAUCAGUAUUUUUACCUGGACUUUCACUUGCAUUACUUUAUAUGACUGUUUUAAGUUUUGAUUCUGUUACACGAGCCUAUGUGAUUGAACAAGGUCUAUCAGAAGCUCUUUUGGGCUUAUUAAAUGGCUUAGGAUCGAUUCUUGGUGUUAUUGGCACCAUUGCCUAUCCAUUUUUUGUUAAACGUACAGGUCUUGUACGUACUGGUAUUAUUGGUUUUUGGUCGGAAUUUUCAAUGUUAAUUCUUUGCUUAACAUCAUUAUUUGUUCCUGGAACAUCAUUCACUCCAUUUCGACAUUUAUCAAUUGGUUCAUGUCAUUAUUAUGGAACAUCACAUAAUAAUAAUAAUACUAGUACAAUAGAUUUAAUACCAGAUCAAUGCUCCAAUUCGAAAUUAUCUGUACUUUUACUUGUUAUUGGUAUAACUCUGAAUAGAUUUGGUUUAUGGAUUGCUGAUUUAACAGUAAGUCAAUUACAACAAGAACGUGUUCCAGAAAAAAUUCGUGGUCGUAUUGGUGGUACACAACAUUCACUUAAUCAACUUUUUGAUUUACUUCGUUAUACACUUAUUAUUUGUUUACCUCGAAUGACACAAUUUGGUUAUCAUAUAUGUUUAUCGGUUUUAUCUGUAUUUACUGCAUCACUCAUUUAUACAAUAUGGUCAUGUUCAUCGGUUUCUCAUCUUGUUCCACCAGCUGCUGAUAUUGAAAUGACUGAAACAAAUGUUGAUUUAGCAAAACAUUAUGAAACUCAACUUGGCGAAAAAUUAGACUAUGUCGAUGAAGAUGAAUACAAAACUUAA